UCACCAGGGGGCGGGGCAAGAAAGCCUGGGCCAUUCGGGUCGGAGACCGCCGCUGCCCCCAGACCCCGUCCCCUGGCGCUUCGGUCAGUCCUCCGUCCAGUCCUCCGUCCGUCCAGCCAUGGCUGCGCCGGCCCCGGCGUCUCGGAUCCUCUGGCUGCUGCUGCCGCUGCUACUGCCGCCGCCUCCGGGUGCCCAUGGUGAGUUUUGUAUGGCUUCCAGUGCCUUCCCUCAGUUCUGUCCUGAUUUCUGCUGUGGCAGCUGUUCUGAUCAGUACUGCUGCUCUGACGUGCUGAAGAAGACCAAGGAAAGUUGUACUGUGCCUAAGUACAGUAUGGGUGCUGACCUGGAGUCACUGGAUCAGCUGGACCCAUUUGACACAGACAGCAGCCCCAUUUUAGGGUUUGGGGCAAUUUUAGCCAUCGGCCUGACCAUCUUCGUGCUCUCUGUUGUCAUCAUCAUCAUCUGCUUCACCUGCUCCUGCUGCUGUUUGUACAAGAUGUGCUGCCAACCACGUCGUCCGAUUGUGACCACCACUACGUCUACCACGGUGGUGCAUGUCCCCUUUCCGCAGCCUCCAAAUGUGCCACCCAGCUAUCCUGGACCAACGUAUCAGGGCUACCAUCCCAUACCCCCCCAGCCAAAGAUGCCAGCAGCACCCUAUCCGACGCAGUUCCCGCCACCCUACCCGGCGCAGCCCCUGGGCCCACCAGCUUACCACGAGACACAGGCUGGAGGUGCAGCCAUGCCCUACCCUGUCAGCCAGCCUCCUUACAACCCUGCCUUCAUGGACCCACCGAAGGCAGCCCCCUGAACAAACUCCUGCGUCUCUGGCUGCCACAUGAUAUGUGCGUGAAUGGUUAUGCCAGCACGGCCCUUUUCUUCCCGUGCAUGGUGUGCGUCUU